AUGACAAUAUCUGCCACGGGAAUUUUCGAUGAACUGUUUUUACCUACUUUAGCAAUUUCCUUUUUGUUGCAAGUAAAGUCAUCAUGGUUUGUCGAUUUCUUAAGUCAAUUUCAGUUGGUUGAACAACCUAUUCUAUGGCAAAGAACUUUGGGUGAUUUCUUGCUGGCACACAAGCUGACACUCGACACUACUGAAAAUUUUUGGAUAACAUCACAACUCUUGUUUUUCACCAUUGCUCUUGUAAUGUACAUAUUUUUAUAUCAUACAAGCAUACAAUUGCAAUCUCUUCACGUUCAUGGUUACAUUACCCUCGCUGUCACCAGCUCUUCAGCAGCUGCAAUGGCCCUAUUUAUUGCUCAGAUUACCAAUGCUAAGGAUAGAUCGCAGUCGCUAGUCAACUUGGGUUUCCAUCAAACUUUAGCACAACUCAUAUCAACAGUUACUUGUUGUAGCAUAGUUGUGUUUUUGUCUGAUGCAACACUAUUUCAAGUUAAAGUAGCCUUCAUUUUUCUUGCUGUGGUCAUUUACUUGACACCCUUUCAGUGGUAUACUACUUCCAAGGAAAUUAAAGACUGGCCAAAAUCUUGGUUUAUUUUGUUUUUAGUUUUUGUGGGUACUUUCAUGAUGUUUCAUCAUUUUUAUUUGACAUUUUCUUUGUUGAUGGAAUGGAUGAACCUAAAGACAAUAUCUUUGGUUGCAUUUGGUUAUCCUCACCAGUUCUCAGUCACAGUUGAUUUAAUUUGCUGUAUUGCUACCUUGGCUGUGUUUAUGUUGUUUGAAUUUUGCAUCGAAAAUCUAAAGUUUUCAUUUACCAUGACAUUACUGGCUCUUUUCAUGUUUCCAUUAAUAAUUUUAAUGGCAUUUUUGGUUUCACCAGGAGCCUUGUUUAUAUACUUCCUUGCUUAUAAAGAAAACACAUCACCAUCUGACAUCAAACUGUAAAAUGUUGGCAGCAGUUCUGAAAAAAGAUCCUAAUCAUAGAUCAUAAUUCAGGAGACUCCACAAAAGUAUGCUCUUUUGAGCAACUGAAUGGCAAGUGAAUAUUAUCACUUGCCUAAGAAGCAUACUGUUAAAAGGUCACUUACUGGUGACAUGCUCUAUUAGUAAACUUUAUAAGCUUAUAGCGUUCCACUGCUAGUUCUAGUUUUUUUAGUAAAUUUCAGAACAUUAGCAGUUUCUUUGAUUUUUCUAGCAUUAGCAUGUAAAGGACUUUUUCUUUUUCAUAUGACGAAUGAAAUAGUGAAACACGUUUUAAGUGGUUUCAGUCACGAGUGACUUUUAAAGUAUUGUGAGGCCUGUUUUAAUAUCGAUUGAUUAAUAAUGCAUAUACUUGAGCAAAAA